AUGCGUUUAUCUUCGGGCCUCCUCUUGGCUUGCGCAUCAAGUGCAUUUGGCCAGUUCACAAGGUUCUCGAACACUAGUACCUCUGCUGUUGAGACUUCUACUGAAGAGCCGUCUUCUAUCACAGGUACUACCACCAGUACCGAGACGACCACCACUAGUCUGGAGACUACUACUUCUCCUUCUGUGCCGGACUCAAUUGAACUCGAUCUUCGUUCCUUUACCCUGGGUCAAGGCGCUUCCUUUUACCCACCUCCUGAUGGCAAUCAGAUCCUUAUGCAUCCCGUCCUUUCCGAUCAACCUCUUGAUCGUCGUGCUUCCCCUUUCUCACCCCCGCCCCCUCCCCCUCCGGUUACACCCUAUUCUUUCGCCGCUAAAAUCAUACUUCCCAAAAUUGAACCUCUUCCUAAAAUAUGGCGCGUUAACCUCAAUGUCACGUCAUCCUGCGAUGACUGUGCAGGGAAAGGCAAGCGGGAAACACGUAGCCCUUGCGUUUUUGAAGUCCUCGUCAACGGCGAAAUCAUCAGUGCUGACCCGAUUGUGUCAUCAUCACAGGGCGCCCUUUCAAUAACGACCAACCCUAUUGGCGAGAAGGAAUCAUAUGAACUCGUGUUCCGACAGACGUGUAAUGGCGAGAUUAUUGAUGCACUGCUUAGCGGUGUAACUAUCAAGGGAAGUGCUGGUGCAACUUCUAAGCCUAUCCCUCCUGUCAACAUUGGGCCUGAGACUAGUUCUGCUACUACCAACAGUGAGGGCGAUACCAUUGUCCCUACCGCUACUGAUAGUGUUGGAUUUACCACAAACUCGGAGGGCCAGACUAUAUCCCCUACUGAUACCAACAGUGAGGGAGCUACUACCAACUCCGAGGGCGAGACUGUCUUCCCUACUGAAACCCAAGCAGGCGACUCGACGAACAGCGCUGGCUUCACGACCAAUUCCCAAGGCGAAACCAUCUUUCCUACGGAGACCCAGACCGAUGAGUCUACCAACAGUGCUGGUUUCACCACCAACUCUGAGGGCGAGACUGUCGACCCUACUGGAACUGCCACCGGCACUUCUCCCUCUUCUUCUUCUACGUCUCCCGCAGGCUUUCCUAGCGACGUUGGUGCCUUUACUCUCUUUGGAUGUGUUGGCUCUACUGCUGGCUUUCCUGCCUUUAAACUUGCCGAGUCCAACGGAUCCAUGGAUCUUGACGCUUGUUCCAUCCUCUGUGAGGGACGUGCUUACUUUGGCGUCUACAAUACAUCUUGCUACUGCGGUGAUGAGAUCAAUGCUGCUGACACCAGCCGAGUCAACCUUGACCGGUGUGAUAUCGAGUGUCCCGGAGACGACAGCCAAUUUUGCGGUGGCGAAUCUCGCAGUGACAAGCUUCGGGCCCGUCAGACUGUCCCCAACAGUCGACUCCUCACUGUCUACGUCGCUGCAGAGGCUGCUGUUACUGUUACAGACUCUAUCACCCAAACCGUAACUGGCCAGGAGACUGUCAUUACCACAUUCACCACCACCGUCACUGGCGCCACAGGCAUAACCACCCAAGCUGUUACUGCUACUCUGGUAUGCUUUUCUGGAAAGUGCUAUUCUUCCAGCGCUAGCGAUGUUACUGUGUAUAUCUUUGUUGAGAUCAACGGCAGUGAGUGCGAUGGCCAAUGGGUGUACAUCUCGGAGCCCUGCUUUUGCGCCGGUGGUCAAAGAUAUGUUCCCCAAUUCUGCACAGGGGGCAGCUGUUCUAGCCUCAAGGUCUACAAGGCUGAAGAGUGCCAUGAUUGGUAUAACUACAACUCUUUCUUUGUGCCUUCGGAUUGUGCGGCUUGUGCUGAGGGUAAGGCUAUGUACCAGCCUUGGGAGAACUCUUGGGGUACACCUGACAAUUGCAACGGCGAUGUUCCUGUUUGCAACGGGUAUGAUUGUCCUAGUAAGUCCAACGGUGGUGGAUCUCACACUAGUGGCAAGUGGAACUCGACUGCCCCUCAUGGGGGCUCUCAAGGGGGCGCCAGUGGAGGGUCUCAUGGAGGUUCCAGUGGCACUUCACAAGGCGGCUCAGAUGGUGGUUCCAGCUCGGGCUCUCACGAAACCCCCAAUGGUAACUCUAACGGUGGUCCUGAGGGCGGCUCUAGCUCUGGUGCCAAUGGCAGUCCCAGUGGCGCUUCUGGUGCUGGAUCUCAACCAGGCUCCCACGGUUCGAAUGGUGGUGGUUCACAGGAUUCUGAGACUGGCCAGCCGAGCACAGUUCCCGUUGUUGUCAGUGGUGGUGGUAAGCAAACCACCAGUGCUCUCGGUCUCCUUGCAAUCCUUGCAACCCUUCUCUAA